AUGCAACAAAUGGCGCCAGGGCCCGACACUUUGAAGAGAAAACGCUCUCGACCCUCGGAGUGGUGGACUGCGACUCCUCCCACUUCAGUUAAACAACAUCCGCUAGAGCAACAAACCGAACAACGACCUGAAGAGCGAGGCGGGAGCAGUCCGGUGGAGCAUACAGGUGAAGAACAUUUUCCAGAACAAUCACCUAAGAAUGCGAAUGCCUCCAAAACUCUACAGUCAACACAAAGAGAAACCUCGAAACGAAGGCGUUCGCGUCCUUCGGACUGGUGGGCAGUGGACUCCUCAGUCUCAUUCCAGGAAAAUGAACCAACAGCGAAGAAGCGGAUUAGCCCUAAUACGAUUGAUCCGAAGCGAGCAAUUAAGGAGAUCCCAUCUGCUUCGAAUCGAGGGAAACCGGUGGACCAGAAUGUUAUAGCCGAGAUAGAUGAGAAUGCGAAUACAGAAGUGAAACCUUUGAAACGGAAGGCCAAAUCCGACAGUGUAGCCCAAUCUCGAGAUCAGGAACAGAGCGCUGGAAGUAGCAUCUUGCCCACAGCGAAGAAGCGCGGGAGGCCCCCAACACGGCAAUCAAAGCAGGAGGGCACAGAUGAAAUUAUAUCCGCUCCUGAUCGGAACGGGACGAAGAAACAGCGUGGGAGAGAUCGCAAACAGCAAGCCCGCGUAGGCGAAGUGCUCGAUGUUCAGACGGCUUCAUCGGCAUUCGGAAGUACACGCCCUCAAGUCGGACGAGUAGUUAAAUCUUCAAAACAUGGGAGCAGCCAGCCUCCCAAUCUCAAGAAGCGCAAUGGUCCAUCAAGCUCAGCAGUCUCGAAGCAGUCUGCUGAAAACCCCAAGGCCUUAGAUAAAGCGAAUGAACUACGUGAUACCAAGCGUCGCCGGGUCCGUGAAGCGUCACAGGAGGAAGAGGAUGGCGGCCAGGUGCCAGAGGUGCCUCUUCGGUAUCAACAUUUGGCCGCUGUGACUCGGAGAGUGCCUCGCCAAACUAUUGAGGCGAAAUGGGAAGCUCUAAAUCCGAGUUGCAUUGAGCAUAUCUCGCAAUUGCUGGCUGACAUACAAAAACCUGCUGCCGUGCGUUUCAAAGAUGAGCAUAGGAGGACUCAGGCAAGCACAGUAUUGCAGAUGGUCUCUCGCCGGCUUGUUAGCAAGAUCUCAAAGGGCAUCCCAUUUCCACCGGGGACCAGCCGUCAACGCGAAGACGACUUCAAUUUCGAGAAAAUAAUUAACCGGAACAGGGUGCUGGACAGUCAACUCACAGCCGCUAUAGAUGGGAACAAACUUUUGGAUGCUAGUUUGAGCAACGAGAUGGCACUGUUAGAGUCGGAGACGGCUGCUCUAUCUAAACUGGAGACCAAUGCAAAAGCUGAGGCUAGAAAAAGGAAGCAGGGCGAGCGGAAACUCCAUCCGCUGCUCCAGCCUGACGGUUCCGCGACGGAGGACGGGAUGGACGAUGCCGGAAUAGUAUCAACCUCCGUGCGGCCAACGUUGGGUAUCUUGGAGGAUGAGAAUAUGCAAGCUGUUGUUCAAAAACUUGAGGGCCACGUCGACAGCAUGGGUGGCAACUUGGAACAAGUUCACGGAAUAACUGAAGCAAUGGCGAAAACCAAAGCGGCUGUGCAAGUCAUUAUUUUUGACCACCUCGAUCGCUCCGAUGCCAUGGAACAAAAUGCGGCCAGCAAUGGGCAGGAUACGAAACCCGAAACGUCGUCGCCGGCCGCGGCGACAGCUAAAGCUGGUAAAAGAAGGCGCAAAGUAAACCAUGCUUGUGUGUAUUGUCGACGAUCUGAACGCCCAUGUGCGCGUUGUAUAAAACGGAAUAUUGGGCAUCUUUGCCACGAUGAGCCGCGCGAACCGGAGACAGCCACGAAGAAAGCGAAGAAGCAGAACUCCAAUUCGACGGCGGAAGAGAAUAGUACGGCCGCGGACCAGCGACAAGGCAAUAUAGAGGGUGGCAUGAGCAAUUCGGUCGAGCUACCCCAGGAGCAAUCGCAAGAUAAUAAUAGCCUUACAUCUGGGACCGCAACCCUCUCACAAGGUAGACCACUUCAGCUGGUUCAACCGUCACCUGUUUCAGGGAUUCAGACAAAUGCUCUCAACAGCAAUAGCACACAAUUUCUCGGGUAUUCAAAUGACUGGCUUGGGACACAGAGCCAAUUCCAAGAUAUGCAUAACUACCACCCCUCUUAUAUGUUCAACGCGCCGGAGGUCACAACUGAGUACAAUCUCUUGAACGACUUCUUGAAUAAUAGUCUACUUGACGAAGGCGCUUUACUUCCUGACGAUACGUCGAACUUGUAUGCUGAUCAAGCCGGUAACAUGUUACCAGGAGGAUUAAGCAACACUUCUGGUUUGCACCAUUCUGGGCCCGUGGGCCCUGGGAAUCCCCAGAGCAGCGGGAUCUCAAGGCCAGCUAGUACCAUUCCAAUUGAUAAGGCGCGAGAAUAUUAUCUACAAGCAGCCGACCCAACAGGUAACGAUGCUCCUGAAGAGAGAAUGCAACGCCUUCUUCGAGCAAAGUAUGACGCUGGUAUGCUGAAGCCUUUCAACUACGUGAAAGGAUACGCACGCCUAUCCGCUUACAUGGAUGGCCAUAUGCAUGCUGCUUCUAAGCAAAAGAUCCUUCGGCAAUUGGAUCGUUUUAGGCCAAAGUUCAGGGAGAAGAUCCAAGCCUUGACAGACAUUGAACUCAUUUAUGUAGAAAUGUGGUUCGAACGUAGUCUCAUGGAAUAUGAUCGCGUCUUUGCCAGUAUGGCGAUUCCCGCCUGCUUAUGGAGGAGAACUGGCGAGAUAUUCAGGGGCAACAAAGAGAUGGCGGAACUAAUUCAUGUACCAAUAGAUAAACUUAGAGACGGCAAGAUUGCGUUACACGAUAUCCUUACUGAGGAGUCGCUUGUUAACUACUGGGAGAAAUUUGGGGCCAUUGCAUUCGACCAGAGUCAGAAAGCACUCUUGACGAGCUGUUCUUUGAAAAAUCCAGAUGAUCCGUUGACCACUAUUAAAUGUUGCUUUUCAUUCACGAUAAGGAGAGAUGACCACAAGAUACCUUCUCUUAUUGUCGGCAAUUUUCUACCUCAAGACCCAGUAAAGCGUUAA